CCAUAUAUAACAGCUCAUUAUGGAGAGAAUGGACAGGAAGUUUAUAAAAUGAAGUUACCGUUUCCAUCUAUUAAAAUAAAUGAACCCGACCAGUAUAAUUGCUACACAAGAUAUUUGGAAGAACUUGAUGAAGUAUAUGUUUUGAGCACCUUAAUUGAAAUUAAUCACGACUUUGUUCAUCAUGCUGAUUUAGGUUUUUGUGAAGAACCUGAAGAUUUUGCAAGUCAUCAACCAUGGGAAUGUUCGAAGAGUAGAAAAUAUUGUAAAGGAGGUGCAGUAGGCGUUUAUUUUUUUGAUGACUACUUCAAACCCGAAAAUGGUUUAAUGAGGUUUCCUAAAGACAUAUCACUAAAAGUCGGAUUUUCAACAAUGCUGAGGCAUAUUACUUUUGAGAUGCACACUAAAGCAGCAGUUACCGAUUUCCAAUAUCCAUUAAUCAAUGUAACGUUAACAUUUAUCAAAACUCCCACAAAAUACAACUAUCAAAGUCAUUUACUGCUGACUGACGGAUUUAUUCCCGCAAAUAAAGAAAAGGGAUAUUUUGCGGAAAUAGCUUGUAGCUGGAGCAAGCCUGAUGUUGUUGCAUAUGCGGUUCAAGUACAUACACAUCAUUAUGGAUACACGGCUGAUGUGUAUAGAAUUCGAAACGGUACUUGGACUUUAAUGGUCAGUCAGUUAACACAAGGAAAAGCUAAGGUGUUUGUACCAGUAGCUGGAGGGGCUAUUGACGUACGACGGGGAGAUGUUCUGGCUGCAAAGUGUUUAUAUAUCAACAAGGAUAAUAAGCCAGUUCGUUUUGGGCAAGAUGAUGGUCAAGAGAUGUGUAAUGCUGAUAUCCAUUUUGGUUACGAAUUUAAAUAUGAAGGUAGUUUUCAACGUGGAGGUGCGUGUAUGACGCAGCAACCGGAAUUUUCAUUUUGCGACCACGAGGCAACAUCAGGAAUUUGUGGAGAUAAUAGCAAAAUAAACAUAUAGCAAGACUUUAAACAGUUCCCUUUUUUGUAGCUAUUGUUGUAGGAAAUUUCAAUACCUUUUGCAUUAUCUGUAUGUCUCUUUCUUUCUCUAUAUUAAUAAAUUA